AUGUUUGCAUCGAUUGAUAUGGCAAAUCUCCUCAAAUCAACUCCACUAAUCCCAUCAGAUCCAUCAACGAGCGCUCAAUCGAAUCAACUAUUCGAGAGUUCAACAAAUGGAAUCAAACCGAUCAAUUUAACAAUCAAAAAGGAAAUUGAUGGACGCAUUUCGGCGAGUCCUGGCGAAUCGCUGUCACACUCACCACCAAUCGCAUAUGAAGUGAGCGUUCCACUGCUCGAGACCGGCAUUUGUACAUAUCCUAUUUUACAGGCCGUUCUCCCAUCGAUCCUUCUCGUCGACGUGAACGAGGAGAAAACUCGAGAGAAUUUACCGAAACUAUUUCGAAUCUCACAAAUGCAGAUUGAGUAUCUUUUGAGAUCUCAGAAUGAACUCGUGCAACAAUUAUCUGAAGUAAACAAGGAAUUAACAGCAAAAAAGCUGAUCUCCGCGUUGCUCCGAAGCAAGAAAUCUCCAGUUUUUGAGUGUGCUGCUUGCAAGAAAACGUUCGUUUCGUCGUCUUUCCUUCAAAGUCAUUUAAGGAGAAGACAUCCAAAAGAAUCGGCAAAGAAAAGUCCUUCCUAUAAACAA